CCCUCCCCUUUGUUUUUUAAUAUUCAUUCUCUCUUCCUCUCUCUCUUUCUCUCUCUCUCUCUUCUUUGCUCAUGAUCAGACAUGGGGUUAAAGACGCACAUUAGGGCUAGGGCGCAGAAAAGCGGUGCCCGCGAGGAGGGAAAAUAGGAAGGUGAAGAAGGAGAAGAAAUCGGAAUGCAUGGCUCUAUCCAUCUGUGUCAAAAAAUAAUGCACUUGGUGGAUAUAGUUCCUGCAGCCACCAACACUGUAAACACAAAAUUCAUUCUACUCGACAACGGCAGAAUAGUCGAAGAUGGUAAAGAAACCACAUGCUUGGCUCUGGUUGCCGACGAGACGGCCUCGGUUCACUUCCAGAUGUGGGGGAGCGAGUGCGGGGCAUUUGAACCAGGCGACAUCAUCCGUCUGAGCGACGGCAUUUUCUCGUACCACAAGAACAACCUGGUUUUGAGGGCUGGCAAGAGAGGGAAGGCCGAGAAGGUGGGUGAGUUCGCGAUGUUGUUUGUCGAGACGCCCAACAUGAGCGAGAUCCGGUGGAGCCGUGAUCCCAAUAACCCCAAGAAGUUUGUGCAGGAGUCAGUUAUCUCACCUUACUCCCAAAUCUUUAAGCCUUUACAUUAGUUUCUUGAGCAAGUUGAUAAUUUUGAGGUUAAUAGGAUAUAUAUCUUCUCUUUGUAAACUGAUGAGUCACUAGUUUUCGUCAUUAGUUUCGGUUAUUCACUUUUGUGAUCAUGUCGGGUGGAAAAUGCUCACAAUUCUUUGUAGUCAUGUACCUGAUUUUAUGCUGAGAGAUAAUGCUCAUAAUUUUGGGGUGACCAUUUUUUGUUUAUCCGGGGGAUCCAUGCACCUGGGGGAACUUUAUGUAAAUUCUCUCCCCCUCUCUAUGUGUGUAUGUUGUGUUCUUUCAUCAAUUCUAUAACUAGUAUUGAUUGGUAUUGGGUGUGUAGAAAUGA